UCGGAGCAGAAGCUGAGCAAACGCUGGCUGCGGCGAGGAGGCAAGGACUGCGCGCGUAAGCGACGGUCUGGAGCAGCAGCGCAGGGGAAGGAAGACACGCACUCGCGAGCAUGUGUUACCUGGUUUAUUUCGAGACUGUUUGGUAUUGUGUUCUCUCUGAGCACCCCUCAUUUGGGGAGGCCGACAGAGACGCCCGCCGCUGAGCCGCCCCCGCCCGCCGCGCAGAGCCUGGAGCCCCAGGCCCGGCUAACCCGCGGCUCCCGAGCUCCGAGCUCGCCGCCGCCGCCCGGGCCACGGGAACCGACGCCGGAGCCUGCGGUCCAACUGCGCUGCUGUCGGAGCGCUCAGUGCCGCCGCCGCCACCCGCGCCCCGCUCGGCACCCAUCGGUCGCCACCGCCCGCCGCGCCGCUGCCCCGCUCCCGCGCAGUCGCCGCCGCCGCCGCCGCCGCCGCCGCCGCCGUUUCCCCCCCGACGACUGGGUGAUGCUGGACAUGGGAGAUAGGAAAGAGGUGAAAAUGAUCCCCAAGUCCUCGUUCAGCAUCAACAGCCUGGUGCCCGAGGCCGUCCAGAACGACAACCACCACGCGAGCCACGGCCACCACAACAGCCACCACCCCCAGCACCACCACCACCACCACCACCACCACCACCACCCGCCGCCGCCCGCCCCGCAACCGCCGCCGCCGCCGCAGCAGCAGCCGCCGCCGCCGCCGCCGCCGCCGCCCCAGGCACCGCAGCCCCCCCAGGCGCGGGGCGCGCCGGCCGCCGCCGACGACGACAAGGGCCCCCAGCAGCUGCUGCUCCCGCCGCCGCCGCCGCCGCCGCCGCCGCCCGCCGGCGCCCUGGACGGGGCCAAAGCGGACGGGCUGGGCGGCAAGGGCGACCCGGGCGCGGGGCCCGGGGAGCUGGCGCCCGUCGGGCCGGACGAGAAGGAGAAGGGCGCCGGCGCCGGGGGGGAGGAGAAGAAGGGGGCGGGCGAGGGCGGCAAGGACGGGGAGGGGGGCAAGGAGGGCGAGAAGAAGAACGGCAAGUACGAGAAGCCGCCCUUCAGCUACAACGCGCUCAUCAUGAUGGCCAUCCGGCAGAGCCCCGAGAAGCGGCUGACGCUCAACGGCAUCUACGAGUUCAUCAUGAAGAACUUCCCCUACUACCGCGAGAACAAGCAGGGCUGGCAGAACUCCAUCCGCCACAACCUGUCGCUCAACAAGUGCUUCGUGAAGGUGCCGCGCCACUACGACGACCCGGGCAAGGGCAACUACUGGAUGCUCGACCCGUCCAGCGACGACGUGUUCAUCGGCGGCACCACGGGCAAGCUGCGGCGCCGCUCCACCACGUCGCGGGCCAAGCUGGCCUUCAAGCGCGGCGCGCGCCUCACCUCCACGGGCCUCACCUUCAUGGACCGCGCCGGCUCCCUCUACUGGCCCAUGUCGCCCUUCCUGUCCCUGCACCACCCCCGCGCCAGCAGCACUUUGAGUUACAACGGCACCACGUCGGCCUACCCCAGCCACCCCAUGCCCUACAGCUCCGUGUUGACUCAGAACUCGCUGGGCAACAACCACUCCUUCUCCACGGCCAACGGCCUGAGCGUGGACCGUCUGGUCAACGGGGAGAUCCCGUACGCCACGCACCACCUGACGGCCGCGGCGCUCGCCGCCUCGGUGCCCUGCGGCCUGUCGGUGCCCUGCUCCGGGACCUACUCCCUCAACCCCUGCUCGGUCAACCUGCUCGCGGGCCAGACCAGUUACUUUUUCCCCCACGUCCCGCACCCGUCAAUGACUUCGCAGAGCAGCACGUCCAUGAGCGCCCGGGCCGCGUCGUCGUCCACGUCUCCGCAGGCGCCCUCCACCCUGCCCUGUGAGUCUUUAAGACCCUCUUUGCCAAGUUUCACGACGGGACUGUCCGGGGGACUGUCUGAUUAUUUCACACAUCAAAAUCAGGGGUCUUCUUCCAACCCUUUAAUACAUUAACCUCCCCGGGACCAGACUGUAAGUGAACGUUUUACACACAUUUGCAUUGUAAAUGAUAAUUAAAAAAAAAUAAGUCCAGGUAUUUUUUAUUAAGCCCGCCCCCAGUCCCCCCCCCCCCAUUUCUGUACGUUUGUUCAGUCUUUAGGGUUGUUGAUUAUUCUAACAAGGUGUGGAGUGUCAGCGAGGUGCAAUGCGGGGAGAAUACAUUGUAGAAUAUAAGGUUCGGAAGUCAAAAAUUAUCGUAGAAUGUGUAUCUAAAUAGUGACUGCUUUGCCAUUUCAUUCAAACCUGACAAGCCUAUCUCUGAGCGCCGCCCGAGUUCCAUGUGUGCAGUAUUAUAAGUUAUCAUGGAUCUCUAGGGGGGACGCAGACCUUGAGAACAACCUAAAUUAUGGGGAGAGUUUUUAAAAUGUUAAAUUGUAAUUUGUAUUUAAGAGCAUUCGUAGUAAAGGUGCCCAAGAAAUUCUUUUGGCCAUUUAUUUGUUUUGUCCUUUUCUUUGAAAGCUGUUUUUUUCCCCCCUCCUUUUGUUUACUUUUAGACCAAAGAUUGGGUUCUAGAAAAUGCACUUGGUAUACUAAGUAUUAAAAAAGAAAACACACAAAAACAAACACAAAAAAGAAAAGUUGUUUCAGUUGGCAGCACUGCCCAUUCAAAUGAAUUGGAAGGGGACAAAAUUAAUGAUUGCCUUCAGUUUGUGUUGUGUAUAUUUUGAUGUAUGUGGUCACUAACAGGUCACUUUUAUUUUUUCUAAAUGUAGUGGAAUGUUAAUACCUAUUGUACUUAUAGGUAAACCUUGCAAAUAUGUAACCUGUGUUGCGCAAAUGCCGCAUAAAUUUGAGUGAUUGUUAAUGUUGUCUUAAAAUUUCUUGAUUGUGAUACUGUGGUCAUAUGCCCGUGUUUGUCACUUACAAAAAUGUUUACUAUGAACACACAGAAAUAAAAAAUAGGCUAAAUUCA